GAUCACUUGUCUUAUACGCAUACAUAAACGAAGGUAGGCCCGUACUGUCUUUCCUCCUCUCCUUGGGCUGUCAAUUAUAUCAUGUGGGCGGCGCGUAUCUCUAGGACGGCCAGGGCGGCCUCACCGACUAUAGUACUUGGAAAUUACAGUCGACUACUCUCCCCUGGCAUACGGUGGUAUAGUACACCAGUAGAUCUCCCGGUCCCAAAGAAGAGAAAAGUCUGGGACUCUGUUGAUGAAGUCGUCAAGGACGUAAAGUCAGGGGAUGUGCUCUUAUGUGGUGGCUUUGGAUUGGCAGGAGUUCCAGAUACGCUUCUCGGGGCCCUGGUUAAGAGGAAAGAGGUUCAACAGCUAACUGCUGUCUCAAACAAUGCAGGAGCAGGAGAUUCUGGCCUGGGGAAACUGCUGAACAGCAAGCAAGUGGACAAAAUCAUCGCAUCUUACCCUGGCGGCAACAAAGCAUUCGAAGCUCUAUACCUGAAGGGUGAAAUAUCACUAGAACUCGUUCCACAGGGUACGCUCGUCGAGCGUUUGCGUGCUCAUGCAGCAGGUAUCCCUGCAUUUUUUACCCCCACCGGAGCAUCGACUGCCGUGGAGGAAGGAUUGAUUCCCGUGCGCUAUAAUGAAGGUGGCUUCGCAAAUGGGGUCAAGUAUCCCGGUAUAAAGAAGGAGUCGCGUGAGUUUGGCGGUCGUCGAUAUGUUAUGGAGCCAGCUAUUGCUGGAGAUGUUGCAUUCAUUCGGGCAUGGAGAGUGGACGAAGUGGGAAACUGUGUAUUCCGCUAUGCACAGAACAACUACAAUACGGUCAUGGGAAAGAAUGCGAAGCUCACUAUUGUGGAGGCUGAUAACAUUGUACCAGUAGGAUCAAUCUCACCCAACGCUGUACAUCUCCCGGGUAUCUACGUUGAUCGCAUCGUGAAAGCGACAGCUCCAAAAAACAUCGAAUUCGUCACUCUGGCCAAAUCAUCCUCAGAUACUAGUUCUGCAUCUUUAACACCCGAACAAAGCCGAGCAAAGGAGCAGAGACAUCGGAUUGCAAAGCGCGCUGCCAAGGAAAUCAAAGACGGCUUCUAUGUGAAUCUGGGGAUUGGGAUGCCCACUCUUGUGACAGAGUAUUUGGAACCUGGUGUGAGUGUCUGGCUGCAAAGUGAAAAUGGAAUAUUGGGCAUGGGACCAUACCCAACUGAGGUGCAACUUGAUCCGGAUAUCAUCAACGCCGGAAAGGAGACCGUAACUUUACUGCCUGGCGCUUCCAUCUUCGAUUCUAGUGAAUCGUUUGCCAUGAUUCGUGGUGGCCAUAUGGACAUCUCUAUUUUGGGGGCUAUGGAAGUAUCCCAGGCCGGUGAUAUCGCAAACUUUAUGAUCCCAGGGAAACUUGUGAAAGGUAUCGGUGGCGCCAUGGACCUCGUGUCCAACCCAGACAAGACCAAAGUUAUCGUGGUGAUGGAGCAUUGUGCCAAGGAUGGAAGCCCAAAGAUUCUCAAGCAAUGCAGUUUGCCACUCACCGGAGCACGCACCGUCAGCCUUAUUGUGACUGAACUUGCGGUGUUCAAAGUUGAUCGCACCGCUGGAGAGCUUGAGCUCGUUGAACUAAUGGGAGGCGCAACACUUGAGGAGGUGAAGGCCAAGACGGGGUGUGAGUUUAACGUCCGUAGGGACUUGAGUAAGUUGUAAUCUUACGGUGGAUGAUUGGUUACGGUUCAACUUUCGAGCCCGGCCAAUGUCCGGCAUAAUAUUUUUCAAAAUCCGAUGUACCUUCAGCUAUUAUAUUUGUAUUUAGCAAAAUUCGAGCAAGGCCUUUGAUGGGCGAUCAACGAAGAUACAUUUUAAUUAAUUUCUUUGAUCCAG